AUAAAGAACUGUAUGAGAUCCUUAGUUUUGAUAAAGAGGUUUGUCAUAGCAAAUCAUUACAAAAAAAAAACCUCCAAAGGUGGCUUUCUGUCCAAAAGAAGGGAAGAAAAUUAUUGAUUCAAAUAUCCUGUUGCAGAAAAAUGCUCAGUCUCACACCAUAAGAAAAAUUAUAGUUUUUGCAUCUCUCGGUACAAGGCAUGGAUGUGAAGAUAUGUAUGAGUUGGACUUCAAUCAUUUUAGCAUUCUGAGGAAGGGAGAGCCAUAUGUAUCUCCCACGAAUCCUGGGAUAUGUUAGGCAGCGGAUGGGAAGAAACAAGCUGAAGUCUUUUGGGCCACUGAUGUGUCGAAUAGCAAUGCUAGUUCAUAUUCGCACUAGAAGCUUCUUCUUCAAGGCCUUAGGCAUCACACUUCUAUUCAUGGCUGGUUUUCCUAAUGACCUGGUUCAAAGGGAAACAAAAUACCGGAACUUGGACUUACUCCAAAAAUAUUACAGGGGAAUAAUGUCAAGAUUUCUAGCUCCAUUCAUGAAGACUGAGGACCUCAAUCAUUUUACAGCCUAUUUUUUGUUUUGAAAUUUAAUGUAUCUUAUUUAAUAAUUUAUUGCUGUAAUUAAUUUUUUUGAUUCACUUGUUCUAUUAGGAUGUAAAAUGUCAUUUAAUGUACCAUAGGUCCAUAGCCAUAAUAUUCUUGAAGGCUUCAUGAUGUAAAUUUGUCUUUAAUUUGUUAU